AUGGCUUCCUCUUUUUUCAAUAAUAAGGCUCGUGCCGCUGCCGCCGCAGCAUCCAGCAGCUCCAAGCCCAAAGCUGGCGACAAGGAAGACUCGACUCGACUCCAGCCAUGGGUUGAAAAAUACCGCCCAAAGACUCUGGACGACGUCGCCGCGCAAGACCACACAACACAAGUCCUCCAGCGCACUCUGCAAGCUUCAAACCUCCCUCACAUGCUCUUCUACGGACCACCAGGUACAGGCAAAACCUCCACAAUCCUCGCCCUGGCCAAAUCCCUCUUCGGACCCGCCCUCUACCGCUCCCGAAUCCUCGAACUGAACGCCUCCGACGAGCGCGGCAUCGCCAUCGUCCGCGACAAGGUAAAGAACUUCGCCCGCGCCCAGCUCUCCCAACCCACAGGCCUAGACGCCGCAUACCGGGCCCAAUACCCAUGCCCACCCUUCAAGAUCAUCAUCCUCGACGAGGCAGACAGCAUGACGCAAGACGCGCAGUCCGCUCUCCGCCGCACAAUGGAAACAUACAGUCGCAUCACGCGCUUCUGUCUCGUCUGCAACUACGUCACGCGCAUUAUCGAGCCGCUCGCCAGUCGGUGCAGCAAGUUCCGCUUCAAGAUGCUGGAUAAUAGCGCUGCUGGAGAGCGGGUUGCGCAUAUUGCGCGCGAGGAGGGGUUGCAGCUUGAAGAUGGCGUUGUCGAUACGCUGAUUAGGUGUGGCGAGGGUGAUCUGAGACGGGCGAUUACUUAUUUGCAGAGUGCGGCGAGGUUGGUGGGUGCUGCGAAGGCGGCUAAGGAUGCUGAUGAUGAUGCGGAGAUGGUGGAUGUCGGUGAUGCAGUUAUUACUGUUCGCACUGUUGAGGAGAUUGCUGGUGUUGUGCCGGAUGGUAUUGUGGACUCGCUUGUCGAGGCUAUGCAGCCUAAGAGCUCGGGGUCUGUGUAUGAGGCGGUUUCGAAGGUUAUUACGGAUUUGGUCGCUGAUGGGUGGAGUGCUACGCAGCUUGUUGGACAGCUGUACAAACGUGUUGUCUUCAGUGAAGCCAUUCCGGAUAUCCAGAAGAACAAGAUUGUCAUGCUCUUUUCUGAAAUGGAUAAGCGGCUUGUUGAUGGGUCUGAUGAGCACCUUUCUAUGUUGGACCUGGCAUUACGCAUUGCUGGGAUUUUGCGCGGUUGA